UUGCGUAGAAGGGACGGAGAAAGGAUGAUAACGGACUGGAUUGUUUAUAAUUAACGACGAUUUCUUAUCUGACGCGCAGGCCAAUGGCAAUGUGCGGAAGUGUUCCGGCCGCCCGCAAUAGACCAUACUCCAUAACACGCCUUGUACUCCCUGCCCAUGAGCUCCACAGAUGGCCCGGCGGCCGGCCCAGCGACAGAGCGAACCCAGCUCCUGUCCACCAUCUCCACACACCACAAUAUUGCUGGCCUUACUCCCUCCAAAUUCCGCCUUGUAUGCGCCUCUCUGUGGUGCGCAACAUUCCUAGUCGCUUUUGACUCUACCCUGGUCUCCACCCUUCUCUCAGACAUUGGCUCCGCCUUCAACGCCUCUACCCAAGUAUCAUGGCUUGGUACCGCCUAUCUCUUAUCAGUAUGUUGUUUCACACCCAUAUACGGCCGGCUGUCGGAUUUGAUCGGUAGACGAAAUGCCCAUCUUACGGGCCUCACUCUCUUCACUUUAGGCACAUUUGGGUGUGCCAUUGCACCUUCCAUGCCUUUCCUCAUCGUUGCUCGUUUUUUGGCUGGCGCCGGUGGAGGAGGUGUCGCGAGUGUAUCGGCAAUCUUGAUGACAGACCUUGUUGAUCUUCGUCAUCGUGGCCUGUUCCAAGGCUGGGCCAACGUCACGUACGGUGUUGGUGCCGGUCUCGGUGGACCUGUUGGUGGAUGGAUUAGUGACAACUUUGGUUGGAGACUCGCUUUCCACAUCCAGGUGCCCUUAUUAAUUCUCAACGCCAUUCUCAUCUACACCUUUGUUAUUGUUCCACAGCAAGAACCUCUAGCUCCGACCCCAUCCACUUCAAGCAGUCGCUCAGGGAUUCUAGACACUCUCCCCACUGCCAAACCGGCCAACCGCCCUCAGAUAUGGAAGACAAAGCUUGCCAGGAUCGACUAUCUUGGAUCCUUUACCUUGGCUUUGGCCGUCUCAUCGCUGCUGCUUUCAAUGUCUAUCAAGACCUCUGCUACCAAACCCGACGGAUCGGAUUAUGCCUUUUCAGACCCAGUCAUUUGGGGUUUGUUUGUCUGCUCCGCCCUGUUUGCCAUUGCCUUUCUCCUGGUCGAAUCUUGCUACUCUCCAGAGCCCAUCCUGCCUCUUAAACUCCUAAAACGUCGUACUCCGGCAGCCGUCGCCCUCUCUUCCUUCACCAUGGUUACUGUUCAGUUCUCUGUUCUUUACAACAUCCCCCUCUUCUUCACUAUAGUCCAGCAACGUUCAUCUUCUUCAUCCGGCGCCCAUCUCCUCCCCAACUCCAUUCUUAUCGGUGCUGGCUCCUUGUUUGUCGGUUGGAUCAUGCGCCGUACUGGGAGAUACUGGUGGCUGGGCGUUGAGUGUGCGGUCUUGAUCGUCGUGACAAGUAUUGGGAUGUGUUUCUGGCACAAGGAUAGCCCAGAGUGGCUGACUUGGAUCGCGCAAGCCCCUGGUGGGUUUGGGUAUGCCGGUGUUUUGACUACGAGUUUAGUCGCUUUGAUGACCCAUGUUCAACUGGCUGGUAAGGGUGAGACUGCUGUUGCGACUAGUAUGACGUAUCUGUUCCGUACUGUCGGCCAAGUCCUAGGUGUUGCCAUUAGCUCCGCCAUUGUCCAAUCAGUCGUCCAAAAAGAUCUCGUUCGAACCAUUACAGGUCCCGAGGCCCCCUAUAUCAUCUACCUUAUCCGUCACUCAACUUCUGCCAUCCAGACCCUUGAACCGCAAUACAAAAUCCCAGCCAUCCAAGCGUACGACCACGCUCUUCGCUUUGUGUGGAUCUUUAAUCUUGUGCUCUCCGUAUUUACAGUGUUGACGUUGAUGAUGGUGAAGGAAGAGGAGAUGCCAGAUAGACAGGUUAUGAAAAAGAGGAUUGAGCAGACGUCUGAAUCGGCGUUUGAAGAAUUUGAGUAGGGACUGGAAUACAUGGACGCAAACAUUAGACAAGCAUAGACCAUUGUAGCGUGUUCCUACGAAUUGAUAAUAGAUACUAGAUGAAUCAGGG